AUGAAUUACUUGGGCUGUCUCUGUAGUCAUAACUUGCACCGUAGUAGCAAUGCUUUAAAGAAAAGAAAGCAUGUUCCUAAGAGUAAUGAAUUUAGGGACUUACCACAGCCAAACAUCUGUGACCAUAUCAUGGGUGACAAAUCCGGUCUUUCCCUUCUGCUGCAGCUCCGGGACACGUACUCCAAGAGCGGCAUUGCUUGUCUCACCGGGGAGGAAAUGGGAAAUUUCAUCCAAAACUUGGAUAUAAUUGAAAGCGAAGAAAGAGCGGCUGAUCCCUGCUGGCAAGUAAAGUGGCACCUGGGAAAGUUAAUUAAAAAGAUGAUGUCGAGAAGCUACGAGGAAAACAUGUCUGCAGUCAACGCUGAAAGAACCCUGACGCUACCGCACUCGGAUGGGCAGCCACCGCGCGGUCCCAUCAACAGGAUUGCGGCACAUCUCACCGGCAACAACAAUAAGAACUCCCUGUCCCCACGCAGUAAGGAAAAACCUUUCAAUACAGUUAAAGAUCACAGAAAUUAUUCAUCAACCAGAAGAGGGAAUGGACAAAAAAUAAACAACUGGGAAUCGUCAAGGAAAGGCCACUCUUAAAAAAGAAAUGGCGAGUUGCUGCGAAAUGGCGAGUUGGUGAUACCCCAAACCGGGUUUUAUUACAUCUACUCACAGACGUAUUUUCGUUUCCGUGAAAGCGAGAAUGAGGAUUCAGAUUUGUUGGCACAAAUCAGGAGUCCCAAACAGCUUGUCCAAUAUGUUUACAAACUGACUAAUUACCCAGAGCCCAUUUUACUCAUGAAAAGUGCAAGAACAAGCUGCUGGUCGAAAAAGGCAGAAUAUGGACUUUACUCCAUCUACCAAGGUGGCGUGUUUCAGCUGAAAAGAGAGGACAGGAUUUUUGUCUCUGUCAGUAAUAGUGACAUAGUUGACAUGGACAAAGAAGCAAGUUUCUUUGGAGCCUUUAUGAUCGGUUAA